AGCAGUCUAGGCAAAGGAGCGGUUGUUUCAGCUUUGGCCGAAGUCCGGCCCUGAGCCUGGAAAAUGCUUCUAGCGCCCCAGGAAAGGACCUCCUCAAGGGAGAGGUCGGGGCUGAAUGGAUGGAAACAGUUUACAAGGAAACCGAGUCUCACCAAGCCUGUGUUUGACCCUGACAAUGUGGAACACUGGAUUAAGAGAGUGGAGAAAGCUUCAGAAUUUGCAGUUUCAAAAGCAUUUUCUGCUGGAAAUUCAGAUUUAUCCAGAAGGCUUUGGAACCAAAUUGUAGAUUUGGAAACACCUGAGCAAAUAGAGGAUCAUGAUGAAGUCUAUGCAGAAGCUCAGGAAUUGGUCAAUGACUGGUUAGAUACCAAACUUAAGCAAGAACUAGCAAGUGAUGGGGACGGUGAUACUGAAGACACUGUGUCACGUAUCCCUCCUGUGCCAGAAGCCAAUGGACAUUUGAAAUAUGACAAGUUCGAUGAUUUAUGUGGUUAUUUGGAGGAGGAAGACGAAAGUACCACCUUUCAAAAAUUCAUAGACCAUCUGCUCCGUAAAGACGUGGUAGAUUCUGGGAUAUUGGAUGAUCUUGGAAUGAAUGAAAACCAAGACAAGAAGUGGCAGAAGGAUCCUCAUCUUACCAUGGAGAUGAGACAUAAGCAGGUAAAAGAAAAUCGCUUAAGACGUGAGAAAGAACUGGAGCGCCAGAGAAUUGAAAAGACCCUGAAAAAAUCAGCCUUCUUAGAGGCUCAGUAUCUGGUGCAAGAAGAGAAAAAAAGGAAGGCUCUAGAGGCCAAGAAAGAGGAGGAGGAGAUUCAAAGGGAGAUGGUAAAGCUGCGGAGGGAGAUAAUUGAGAGGAGACGCACUGUGGAAGAAGCGUGGAAAAUAGAGAAGAAAAAGCAAGAAGAAAAUUCUCCAAAAAAUCCAGAGAAAGGCAUGUUUCAAAGUGUUCACACUCUUCUGGAUGAAGAAAAAAUGGCAAAAGAAAGAAAGAAGAAACUGAAAGAGUUAUUAAUCCAAACUUUCAAGGAAAAUCACCAGUGUCAAAAACGGUAUUUCUCUGCCUGGCACAAGCUGAUUCUUGAUCAUAGGAUUAAGCUGGGGAAAGCUGGGACCCUGUCUGACUGGAAGUUGCAACUGAAGGUCCUGCGGGCCUGGAGAGACUACACAAGAUCCCAGAAGUUGGGGCGGGAGAUUCAAGCCAUGGAAAAUGACCUUAGGGAAGAAAACAGAAAACAACAACUGGCCACUGACUAUAACCGGAAACAAGUUCUCCGACACCAUUUUACAGAAUGGCAGCAUUGGCAUCGUGCAGAGAUCCAAAACAGAGAGCUGGCUGUUACAAAGGAGAAAACUAGGAAGAAAAUGAAUGAGCUGCUGAAGGCAGCAUCACUAGGGAAACUCAGUGCAAACGUGUCAUCAAGCAUCAGUCUACCUGAGGAGGCAACAGCCAUGGAGGAUCCCCCUAGAAAUGGAGAGGCAGCUGCCGUCCCCUCUUUGUGUGAAAAGCCUCCCUUGGGGACCAAUGGUUAUGUGCCCAGCCCCCACCUAGGAAGACCAUCAAAGGACAUCUUGCAGGUUCCCCUCCAGAAUGUCCCUCUGGAUACAUCUGACACUAAACCGCACAAGGCCCUAGACACUGAGCCCUCCCAACAGCCUGGCAACAAAGAGAAGCUCAGAACCAGCAGCCAGAAAGCAGAACCUAUGUGCAUGGGUCAUUUCCAUAACCGCCACAUCUUCCAGCAACAGCUGAUUGAAAAGCAGAAGAAGAAACUUCAGGAACAACAGAAAACAAUUCUGGAGCUGAGGGAAAACCAGCGGCUGGCAGAGGCUCGGCGGGCAGCAGGGCAUGCUGACACACAGAGCUGCCUACUGUCAAACCCCGGAGAAGAUGAACGAAAAAGAACCUGCCAGGUGCUUCCAAAGUCACCUGUUGCUUCCCCUGGGACUGAAGGUAGUAGAAGUGACUCCCGAAGUUCUCUGUCUGGACCCAGAAGGAAUCCAAGGCAGCUGAUGGCACCCCAUCCCAUACUGAAAGCCAUGGAAGAGAGAGCAGUUCAGCGAGCUGAACGUAGGCGGAUCUUGGCAGAGAGGAAGAAAAAAAAAGAAGAGGAGAAAUUGGCCCAGUUAAAGGCCCAAGAGAAGGAGCGUCGGAAGAGGGAGGCAGAAGAAAAGGAGGCUCAGCUUGAGAAAAAACGAGAAGAGAAGAGACUGAAGAAAAUGAAAGAACUAGAGAAGCAGAAGAGAAUUAAGAGGAACCAGCAGCUGGAAGCAAUAGCCAAAGAACAUUAUGAAAGCGUAUUGCUAAGAAAAAAAGGUCUGGAGCCUUGGAAGAGACUGAGAAUGCAAAGCAAGCAGAACCUCCAGGUGGCCAAAGGACAUCACUCUUUGGCCCUACAGAGGAAAUGCCUGCUGACCUGGUUCCAGUGGAGUCGGGAAAGCCUGGCUAGGAAGAUGGCCAAAGCUGAUCAAUUUUAUUCCCAAAUAUUACUUAGGAGAGUCAUCCGGAGCUGGCUACAGUACCUGACUGACCUCGAGGAAGAAGUACAAACACUGUGUGUACAUUUUCUUCAGAAGAAGAUUUUCAGGGCCUGGUAUAACGUGGUCAGGGAGGCCAGGAUCGAUUCCCAGAACAAGCACAAGGUUGCGGUGGAGCACAGUGACAGGAGGAUUCUCUGGAUCACAUUUCAGACAUGGAAGAAGUUUGCAAAAUUUACGAAAGAGGAAAGAGGAAAAGAAGAAAGGCGAGAGCAGCUCCGUAGGAAGGUAGCUGAAAUUCUUCCAGACUUCCAGAUGCUCACACCGCUGUGACUCAGGUGUACAGCAAUCAGAUGCUCGGCCCGUGGGUAAGGAGUCCUUGGCGUGCCAGUGGCCACAGCCCAGUGCAGUGCUUGCAAUGGGAAUCUCCAUCAGUCCGUGUGUGUGUGUGUGAUCUCCACCCACCCACAUAGGCGCGCAUAUAUCUGAUUUAUGUUCUGUCACGUACUUCUUGGAUCAACGAAAUUAUUUUGUGAAUUUGUAUUCCCUUCUUUGAUAUCUCCUAGGUUGCUAAUCAGUCCGCUAACGCAUUUAUCACAGCAGGAUCUUCCAAAGGAACAGUCUAGAGCUCUGCUGUUCAGAUGUACCCUAUGUAUUUUUAGGAUCAUAAACUUUAAAAAGGACAAGUGUUUGCUUGCCUGAGACUGUGAAGAAAAAUAUGUCCUUAUAGUUUAAUGUGAACUGUUGACAAAUGUAACUUUAAUUAAAUAGAAAUUAAAAGUAGUGGGCACUUAGAAAAGGAGGGCCAGUCAUCUGGUACCUUAGCAUCAGCAACAGGCAUCCUGCCAGACCCUGUCCUUUUUGCCCACCUGAUGGAAAACCGUGGAUCAAAAGGCAUCCUAGGCAGCUGCUGCAAAGGGUAGCAGUGUAUCCUGAUUCCAGAGAAUCCGGAGCACCAGAGAUACUUCUCCUCAGUGCACUUUGCUAAGCAUGAAGGGAAGUCCAAAAGCUAAAGGCUCUAUCAAAGGCAGUCCAGCAAUUUGUUCAAGUGUCUGCUUGUGCUCCCAACUGCAACUUCUACAUAACACACUCGAUCAGUCUUCCAGUCCUCAGCUCAGUUUGCUCUGUGUAUCAAGGUCCUUAUCUUGAAUUCAAAGAAUGUUUUAAUGUUUAAGAUGCUAAAGAAUAUGAAGACUGACAAGACACUCCUGUGAAUUGUCUGAGAGAGUUGCCUGCUAGAAAAAAAGUUUUCAUUACAAAACACAUGCUCAUUACAACAAAUUCAGGCAGUAAAUGCACACAGUAAAACGAGACAGUCCCUUGCAGCCCUGAGGUAACUACUAUUAUUUGAUAAGCUGAAACUUUGACUUGGUAAAAUAAAACGGUGUGUCGUUCAAUAAA